AUGGCGCCAAAACGCAAGGCAAACGACAGUGGCCAGUCGAGCAGAGCCUCAAAACGUCCCACCCCAGUCCCGGGCACCCCGCAAAGCGUGGGAAGCAGCGAUGAGUACUCUGACUUCGAGGACGGCAAGGAAGACAACCUGAAAGGGGUCGUGGAGAAAUUUUCGCUCGAAUCCUUCAGCAAGAACAAGAAGAAUGUGGUCUCGAGAGAAGAUCCUCACUUCGGUUACAAGGACUUCUCAUCUCUCCCUCUCAAACCCGACCAUGCCAACCGUCCGCUCUGGAUCGACCCCAUCAAGGGUACUAUCACCCUAGAGAGUUUCUCACCGCUAGCCCCGCAAGCUCAGGAUUUUCUGACCACUAUUGCCGAACCGCUCUCGCGGCCCGUCCAUCUCCAUGAGUAUCGGUUGACGGGAAACAGUCUCUAUGCAGCGGUUUCCGUUGGGCUCGAACCAAGAGAUAUUAUCCAUUUCCUCGACCGGUUGUCCAAAACGCCCCUUCCAGACACGAUCAAAUCAUUCAUCAUAGACUUCACGAAGUCGUAUGGAAAGAUAAAGGUCGUCCUGAAACACAACCGUUUCUUCGUGGAGAGUACGGACCCGGCAAUGCUACAGAUGCUCCUGCAAGACGAAGUGAUUGGCUCCCAGAUAGUACAGGGCUCGGAAGGAAUCACCCAGCAAGCGGCUCCGAAAAUGUCUGGCCUUGUUAUUCCUGGUACCAAGGAUGCCGCUGGCGUGAAACAGACGUCGGAGCAGUCGGCUGAACAAAACGGGGCGAAUGCCAUGAAUAGCGCCACCAAGCAGGAUGACAUCCUUGCUACAAUUCGGGAUGAGGAUGAUGAUGAUGACCAGGCUCAGGUUCACAGCUUCGAAAUCCCGAAUACUGCAGUUGAAUCUGUAAAGGCUCGGUGCCAGGCCAUGGGGUGCCCUGCUCUUGAGGAGUAUGAUUUCCGAAAUGACGAGAUAAAUCCUACCUUGGAUAUCGAUUUGAAACCAAAUGCACAGAUUCGAAGCUACCAGGAGAAGAGUCUGAGUAAGAUGUUUGGUAAUGGUCGCGCCAAGAGUGGAAUUAUCGUCUUGCCGUGUGGUGCAGGGAAAACGCUGGUUGGGAUCACAGCUGCUUGCACCAUCAAGAAGGGCACAAUCAUCCUCUGCACCAGCUCCAUGUCUGUCGUGCAGUGGCGAAAUGAGUUCCUACGUUGGUCCAAUAUUGACCCCGGUGACAUUGCAAUCUUUACGUCGGACAACAAAGAGAAGUUCAAGAGAUCCACAGGAAUCAUUGUCUCUACGUACUCGAUGGUCUCACAAACAAGAGCACGAUCUUACGACGCAGAGAAGAUGAUGGAGUGGCUGCAGUCUCGGGAAUGGGGUCUGAUGAUCCUGGACGAGGUCCACGUCGUUCCUGCUUCGAUGUUCCGAAAGGUCACAUCCGCCAUCGCGACGCAGGCCAAACUUGGUCUGACGGCCACACUUCUGCGUGAGGACGACAAGAUCAAAGAUCUUAACUUCUUGAUUGGUCCUAAGCUCUAUGAAGCCAACUGGAUGGAGCUGGCUGAUCAGGGCCACAUCGCCAAGGUUCAAUGCGCGGAGGUUUGGUGUCCGAUGACCACCGAAUUUUACUCCGAGUACAUGAGAGAGAAGUCAAGGAAGGCGGCUCUACUGUAUAUCAUGAAUCCAAGGAAGUUCCAGGCUUGUCAAUUUCUGAUCGACUACCACGAAAAGAGAGGCGACAAGAUCAUUGUCUUUUCGGACAAUGUGUACGCGCUGGAGCGGUAUGCGCUAAAGCUGGGCAAGGCUUACAUUUACGGUGGCACACCUCAGAAUGAGCGCAUGCGCAUUCUGGAGAAUUUCCAGCACAACGAGCAGGUCAACACGAUCUUCCUGUCCAAGAUAGGAGACACAUCUCUUGACCUGCCGGAAGCCACGUGCCUCAUUCAGAUCUCGUCGCAUUACGGUUCUCGUCGUCAAGAGGCGCAGCGCCUGGGACGUAUCCUGCGGGCGAAGCGCCGAAAUGACGAGGGUUUCAAUGCCUUCUUCUACUCGCUGGUAUCGAAAGAUACGGAUGAGAUGUACUAUUCCUCCAAAAGACAGGCCUUCCUGGUUGACCAGGGCUAUGCCUUCAAGGUCAUCACCCAUCUCCAAGGUAUUGAAAACAUGGAGGGCCUGGCAUACUCGACCCCGGCUGAGCGUCGGGAGCUUCUGCAGGAGGUCAUGUUGCAGAACGAGACCUCUGCUGAAGUGGAACACGUGACCGACGAUCUCUUCAGUGAACGUUCUGGCGGGCAGCGCGGCAAAGCGAAGAAGGGGGCUGUGAAGCGCAGCGCAGCCACCCUCAGCGGUCUUGCUGGAGGCGAGGACAUGGCGUACAUCGAGUACAACAAGAGCCGCAACAAGCAGCUGAAAGACAAGGUCGGCCACCACCCGCUGUUCCGGAAGUUGGAGAGAGAACGGUUGAGACGGAAGAAGGAAAUGGAAGAAAUGAGACUGCAAAGAUGA